CUGGCCACCGUAGUUGAAAGACGGAAGUAACUGCUUUGAAGUAUACGAAUAUUGUUUUCUCCACGGGUUUAAUCAUACAUUAGUUUAUUUAUCUUCAGCCAAGAUAAAAAAUGGCAGCGGUGUUUCUAAUUACGUUGUAUGAAUAUUCUCCAUUAUUUUACAUUACUGUCAUAUCGUUAUGUUUCGUUGUUACCGCCGCCAUGGUCCUCGGCUGGUUUGGUUUCGAUGUCCCAGUGAUUCUCCGCAGCUCUGAUGAGACUGAGUCAGUCGUGCUUGCCCCAGAGAAGAGGAUGGUUCAGGUGACCAACCCCUUUGCCCUAGAGAUGGGGUCCUCUGCGGUGGCCUCUGUGACUGAGGGUGUGUCCCUGCUUCCAUGCUGCCUGGAGCCUUGUGUGCUGAGUUGUUACUGGGGUUGUGGUGUCCAUGCCCUACAGGGGGCGCUACAGAACCACCAACACGGCCCCAGUAAGCUCGCCACGCCACAUCUGUUCCAGGAAGCUCUGCACUUCCAGUACCACCACUGCCAAAGCUUCCAUAUCAAUGGAGAGGACAGAGAGGAGCAUUAUACCAAGAUGCCAGCCGAUAUGGGGAUCACGGAUUUCGGGCUUUUGCCACGGGAACGCUACCCCGUAGUGGCUGUCCUCUCACUGGCCGAAUCUGAAGCAAGGGACACGUACAACAUUGUCGCCAGCGUCACAGUGGUUCACGUUCCAGAUGACAAAUACAGCCUGUCGGCACGGAUCCUGUUUCAAUAUCUUCUCACGGCACAAGGGAACAUGUAUGAGUUGAAGCCACUAUUUAUGUCAGCCGAGAGCAAGGGGUUGUCGGAGGAGACUGACUCCGACCGUAGCACAGAGGCACCACCAGAAACACAGAAAAGAGAACCCGGAAAGGAUGAAAAGGAGAAGAUGCCAGGAAUGGAAGAUGAAGAGGAGGAUUGGUCAGAGGGAAAAGGCAAAGACUGUGUGGUGUGUCAGAAUGCACCUGUUAACCGUGUUCUGCUACCCUGCAGGCACGCCUGUGUGUGUGACGGCUGUGUCCAUCGCUUCCAACACUGCCCCAUAUGCAGAGCUUUCGUAUUAGAGUCCUUUGCCCUGUUCCAGCAGCCCCAUAUGGAGGAGGUAGAGGAAGAAUGAACUGUAAUGUAGCAGGUCAAUAUUACCAGUAUUUAUAAUAUCAACGUAGCAAUGUUACUCAUUGGAAUAGCUCUACAGGCUACUGAUAGGAAGGAAUGGUGUCCAAAAAGUGCAUGCUGAUUGUCACGAUGGGUGCUGUUCCAACACAGAUACAUUAGUACAAUUUCAACAGAAUCAAAGUGUUUAUAGAAUGGAUGAUAUGGUUUCACAUUGAGGUGUGUUUUAUUGGACAUUUCCAACUGAUUUAUGGCUAUGUGAGCAUAUGAUCUAGAAUAAAAAGAAACGCACACCUAUUUAGGCGAGGUGCUGGCUAGCGGAGUGGAAAACUUGAAAAUAAAGGAGCCGCACACUCUAGGAGCUCAGAUGUAAAAAUGUAAUAUCCAACGUUUUGACAGCCAAGCUGUCUUCAUCAGGGUAUAAUCACAAACACUGCGGGAUGACUCGUUUAUAUAGUGUCAAAAGACACACAGGUGUCUGUAAUCAUGGCCAAGAGUGGCCUAAUAUCAUUGGUUAAUUAUCAAAUAUUAAAAAGGCAUACAAAAAACAAAUGGAUAGCAUACGAUAUGUGAGCAUAUAAACCACAUUUUAUCACGUUGAGUUUGAGGUGCGAACUACUCCUUGUACUAUUUGUAAAUGUAGAUAUGGAAAACCUAAUAGUUUUGAUGUGCAAUGUGUAGAGUGUAUUGUAUUUGUCAAUAUACCAUACAAUGAGGUGUUUUUUUUUAGACCCUUAAAUCGUGGACAAAGUUAUGAAUUGC